CACAUUUCGAAGCUACUUAACCUGACCUGGGCACGCGGCCUUAUUUAUACAUCAAAUAAAUCUUCGGGUCUUAUUUAAAAUAGAACAGAAGCUGAUAUCAAAAGAAAUUCUGACUUUUAAGAAAAGUAAUCUCAUUGGUCUGUUGUUGGUUCAUUUCUUUUAUCUUCUAAAUUGUCGAAAUAAAACUGCGCCAAAGAAAGAACUUCUCUUCUAAGGUAUCAGUACUAUCAAUCGGACUAAUUGUUUUAGACACCUGAGCAAUGAGCUUAGAAGAGCAACGUAAAUAUGACCUUGUGAACAAAGGUAAUGGCGAAAAAGGUUCCGUGAAAGGAAUCCAAAGUGUGGCCCUUAAAAGCAGACAGGAGAAGGAGAUUACAGAGAAACCAAAGUUUCCAGACUUGGAAGAACUUGACGAGGAUGAGGUCGACGUGUCUUGCGGCAUUUGGGUAUUUAGGACAAAUCUUUUUGGGAAGUAUUUCUCCAACCUAUUUGUUUUUGCGACACUGGUUGGGUUGGCUACACUCUUUACGACAAUGGUGGAUAGAAUAGUUCCAGUACAGCUUAAAUCACUAGAGAAACAAUUCAACAUUGACAACGCAAAGGCCGGCCUACUGACAUCAGCUUCCAAGUUUGGCUUAAUGUCCACGAUACUGAUAGCUGGACACUUCACCAAAAAAUCCAAUAUUCCAAUGAUCAUUGGAUUGUCUGGAGUCCUUCAAGGAUUUAUUCUCAUGGUCCCUGCCAUUCUGCAACUAGUAGAUCCAUACGAGCUGGAACUUAUAGACAGCACAAACAACACCAACAGCACAAGCAACAGCAACAAAUACCUGUGCAACCACACUCUUUCGGGGCCGGACACCAGCAAAAACAAUGAUACUGGGACCAAAGAGGCCAAGGUCACCAACCAACUGGCCUUCAUUAUAGUUCUGGUGGUUCAAGUCCUGAAAGGAAUCACAGACACGUUUCAUUCCUUCUUCCUACCCAACGUAUACAUGGACGACAAUGUGAUCGAGAAAUCAAAGAUGUCUAUUUACAUGGGAAUUCGUCAGCUGUUUUCUAGUUUGGCUCAGCCUCUUGGUACAGAAAUCAACGGAGUUCUAACUGAGAUCCCUAUUGAUCUUAAAGAAACAGAAAUGGAUGCCACAGACUCGAGAUUUGUCGCUGCCUGGUGGCUGGCCUUCUUAAUAUUCGGAGCAGGCACAGCUCUGACUUCUUUCCCUCUGAUGCUUUUCCCAAAGCGAUUGAUUUCUAAGAAGAAGCAGAAGCAAGCAUUGGACAAGGCUGUGAUCACUUUUGCAGGGGGUCAUUUGACAGAAGAGAAGAAUACAGAAGUAUCCAACGAACCAGAAAAGAAAAUAGUUCCAGUACCUAGUCGCCAUCACAGUCUAGCGAAUCUCAAAGAACCCAGAAACAGUUUAGAUCUACCUCGCAAGGCCAGUUUGGCUUCUAUUGGUAUUUCUGGUAGCCGUCGGCCAAGCCUCUUGUUCCCACCUCUCGAAGGACCAACUGAACGAAAGGUCAGCAUUACUGGAGAUAUCGUUUUUGACCAACCCAUUAAGUUAAAAACUACAGCAUCUGGCAAGCAGCGUGCAUUGGUCGAGUUACUUAAAGAUUUUCCUAAGGCCCUGUAUCGCCUUUUCCGACUUCCGAUCUUCAUUCUGAUACUAGCAGAUGUAGCGAUUAUAUCGAUACCUUAUAAUGGUAUCGCAAUGUUUCGUAACACUUACAUGGCGAACGAAUACAACAUACGCAUGUCAGAAGUAUCGUACGCCUCAGGUGUCAGCACAGCGAUUGGUCAAAUAAGCGGGACUUUGACCAGCACCUGGCUGGCCAGUCGUGUCAGAACGAAAGAAGGCUACGUCUGGAUCAUGAUGGCAUCCUAUGUGCUCCAGACCUGUCUCAACCCUUUCUACAUCGUGUUUGGUUGCGACAAUGAGUCCGUCUACGGAGCUCAGGGAUCAAUUGGUGUCCAAGUGAACACAAGUUCACUAUGUGAUUGUGCGUCCAGUAAACAGCUGCUUUCGUGUGGUAGUGACGGCAACAACUACCUUUCUCCUUGCUACGCCGGGUGUUCGACUCCUCAAGGAAAGAAUUUCCUGGAAUGCAAUCUUUUACAAAACUCCACAAGCGGAAGUAAGAUGGUCACACCUGGACUCUGCCCAACUGACUGCCAAACCAACUUUAUGGUCUACGUGGUCUUGCAUGGUGUACAGAGCUUAGUUGAAGGAGCCUCUAGCAUACCGAGAAACCUUUUGACCUUACGACUUGUGGACGCACGUGACAGGGCCUUUGCCAUGAGCUUCUUGAUGUUCUUCUACAACAUAAUAUCGAUACCAUCUCCAAACUUAUUUGGUUCGAUCAUCGAUGGAAGCUGCCUGAUCUGGGAUGGUGAAUUUUGUACGCUCUAUGACCGAGAGAAAAUAAGGUAUCUGCUCGCUGGUGUAGACAUAGGCAUCAAUGUGGCCAUCAUGAUAACCCUGUCCCUCAACAUACUUCUGUUUCGUCUGGAGAACAGGAAGAGGUUAAAACUGGAACAGUCCGGGCAGCUGCAGGAGCAAGAAGGUGUGAACAUCGAGAUUGUGAUCACCAAGGAAACAGAAAAGUUGUAACCAGUAGACCCUGGGCUAAAUUGAUUGUUCAUUAAACUAGUCUGACGAAAACAUUGCCUUAUAAUAUAAGGCUCAUUAUAUGGCUACACGAUGUAACAACAUUAUAAGUUACUUAAUUGAUUGAAAAUUAGUUUCAAUGAUAUCUACUUUGUAUUAAUUUUUUUUUCCUGAUGUAUUACUAUAAAUUGCUAUCAAUAAUUGUUUUAGCAUUUAGAAUUUAGUAGCAUAGCAUCAUUUUUAUGUAUAUAAUAUAAUAUAAUAUAAUAUAAUAUAAUAUAAUAUAAUAUAAUAUAAUAUAAUAUAAUAUAAUAUAAUAUAAUAUAAUAUAAUAUAAUAUAAUAUAAUAUAAUAUAAUAUAAUAAGAAACUAACCCAAAUUGGAUGAUUUUCUCUCUCAGUAUUUUUCCUACUGUUGUGAUUGUGAACAUUAUUAUAGUAUAAUCAAGGGUGCAUUCGUCCAUUAAAGUCUGGUGAAAGCUUCAUAUCUGAUCAUAACUAUCUAGGGUUGGGAGUGUCUAAGUAGUUUUAUAUACUUCUUCAAAAUCACGUCAUAAAAUUCUCAGUCUGUUGCGUCACUACUUCUCUAGGCGUUUACUAGGCAUUUGCCACUAAAUCUUUAGGCGUGUUAUCAAAACGUAGCUAUAACAUGAGAUCCUCACUUCGAAAUCCGGCGAUGUGCAGUGGUCAUGUGUCUGAAUGUUAUAAUUAACUCUGGACAUAGUUGUUUCGCAUGGUAAAGAAUUGCUUAGGAAACACUUUAUGUAAAGAGAAUUUUAAAAAAGUACCAAAUAAUCUUUCAAGACUGUGCUUUUACUUUGGUUCGUUUGAAACAAUAAAUUGAUGGCCGGAAAUGUAUUCACAAAACAGUAGUAUCCUUUAGUGUCACUAAACAGUAGUAUCCCAUAGUGUCACUAAAUAGUAGUAUCAUAUAGUGUCCUUAAACAGUAGUAUCAUAUAGUGUCACUAACUAAACAGUAUUAUCCUGUAGUGUCACUAAACAAUAGUAUCAUAUAGUGUCACUAAACAGUAGUUUCAGUUGCUAGCAUCAUUGCUCGAAAGUAACAUAGUUCUGCUCUGUCUAUAUACUAAUGUAAUCAUGACUUAUUUGCUCAUGUAUAUUAAAUAGUAAGUCACCACCCACACCCCAAAAAAUGUGAGAUUCACUGACCCGACUCCAUAUCACGUUGUGCAUAAACAUGUCCCACUAUGUGUGUAUACGAGUACUACAUUCUAAACUUCACUGUUACUAUAGAUGUGUAUUAUAUUGUAAACUACUUUUAAUCGAUUUGUUUUAUGCUAGACAAUUACCACGUCAGCUUGUAUGUAAGGCAUGCAUUUGCAAUGUUUUUAUGUAACUAUUUCCUGGCCAGAUAGAUUAUUCUAGAAGUUGAAAUAAAAUUUUUAUUUAUUUCA